UCCGCCCCUGCCUAUAUCUAUCGUAUAAUAAUAAUUACAAUAACUAUGUCUCGAUUUUAAAGAAAUUAAAAUUGACUAUAUGAAUUUUAAUAAUCGCUAAAAUUUUACAUUAUCUUCGGAAUAUAGGAGAUAUGUCUAAUUAAAUAAUUUAAUUUUUAAUUUUAAUUUGUGUUGAACUUAUGUUGAAACUAUCAAUCUUGUACAAACAACAUCUAGAAGUAGGGUCGAAUCUUUAGUCAACAUAUGAAGUCCAUGUUGUAAGAGUCCAAAUUCAAAUGUGCUUAUUUGUUUGACCUUUUUAGUUCUGGAUUAACUGGAAUUAGUAUGAGAAUAAGUCAUUGAAGACAAUUUUUUUAUAAAAACGUUAUUUCACUCUAUGACCAAACAUACCCAAUAUUUUCAUAUACAGUUGAAUUUGAGAAAGGUAAAAUGUAUAUAGACCUUAUCAGAAGUAGAUAAAUUAUUUUUGAUAAAUCUUUGACUCAUAGAAAAGUAAUCUUAAGCCGUUCAAAAAAAAUAACAAAAAUACAAAAAACAUAAGAUAGUAACCAAACAACAGAUAAUAGCAUAAAAGUAUCUACAACAAAAUAAAAGGAUAGUGAAAGUAUAAAAAAUAACAAGUAGUAAUAGAAAUUGAAGGACAAGGAAUUACGGAGCAAUACUACAACUAUUAUACCUAUUCCCUUCUACCCUAAUAUACGUCCUCCACAACCAUGUCCUCGGUGAACUAAUAAUGGUCAUCUAGAUUCCAGAUCACCUCCCUCAAUGCUUCUUCGGUCUAUAUCUACCUCUUUAGAAACCAUUCUUUGUCAGCCUUUCACACCUCUGCAUAUGACAUUAAUUCAUAGAUCUCCUAUUACCCUGGAUAUCCUCAUUUCUAAACCCACCUCUCCUAUUAUGCUCAUACAUCCAUGAAACAUUCUUAUUUAUGCGACUUUUAAUUUCUAGAUGUGGGACUUCUAUGACCAUCACAACGUCGGAAAAAUUUAUAGUCAAACAUCUUGGGCUCAGAACUAUGAUAUAUCUUCCUCGUUUCAUAAUAAUUGUCAUAUUUCAUUUUCGGAGAGUUGAAAGUUUUACGUUUUAUGUUAAAGGAAAUACAACGUGAUUGAAUAUUGAAUUGAAUGCUCAUAUAAUGAUGAUAAUUGUUCCUUUGUGGGUUUCAAAAAAAAAUCCAAGAAUGAUGUGCCUCGAUCAUAUUGGGCCCAUUAAUUACCUAAGCCCAAAAGUAUAGUCGAUUUCACAAAAAAAAUUAUACAAAUGUAUAAGAGAUGCAUAUACACCUUUAUACAUAUUAUAUAAUAUAUAAAGCUUAGUAAGGUGAAAGGUAAUAAAACAUAAAAUAAAGGAAUUUCCAUGAUUAAUUUGUUACAUCGUCCUUGUUUAUAUCGAUCGGUCUCGAACCACUUAGUUGUCAAACAAGAAAUUAAACUUAAUAAGUCUCAUAUAAAAUUAUAGGUUUUUAUUGUUCUCUAAAUUAAUCAGAAAUUAGCAAUGGAUACUGAUGGUAGGUGGACUCUUCAAGGCAAUACUGCCAUUGUUACUGGAGGCACUCGAGGCAUAGGGCAUGCCAUUGUAGAAGAAUUAGCAAGUUUUGGAGCAAAUGUUUAUACAUGUUCACGUAACCAAAUGGAGCUUGAUGAAUGUCUUAGACAAUGGAAAGCAAAAGGUUAUACAGUUGGAGGGUCUAUGUGUGAUUUACAAUCAAGAUCUCAACGACUAAAGUUUAUGGACAAUGUUAGCAGCUACUUUGAAGGAAAAAUCAAUAUUCUUAUAAAUAAUGCUGCUGUGGUUGUAUCAAAUAUAGCAACAGAAUACACUCAUGAAGAUUACAACACUAUGAUGGGCACAAAUUUUGAGGCUUCUUACCACUUAUCUCAACUUGCACAUCCAUUCUUAAAAGCCUCAAAAAAUGGAAGAAUUGUAUUCAUUUCUUCUGUUGCUGGCUUUGUCUCUCUGCCCUUAUGUUCCAUUUAUUCAGCAGCUAAAGGGGCAAUAAACCAAUUGACAAGGAGUUUGGCAUGUGAAUGGGCUAUGGACAAUAUUAGAGUUAAUGCAGUUGCACCAUGGGUGAUCAAAACUUCUCUCAUCGAAGCAGCUUCAAAAGAUCUAGAAAUGAAUAAAAGGAUCAAUAAAUUAGUGAGUCGAACUCCUAUUGGUGGUCGAGCUGGAGAGCCAAAAGAAGUAUCAGCCAUGGUUGCCUUCCUUUGCUUACCAUGUGCUUCAUAUAUCACUGGCCAAAUUAUGUGUGUUGAUGGAGGAAUAACUAUUAAUGGAUCUUGUUAAUUAUUGUCAUCACAUCAAAUAAAAAUAAAAAUAAAUAAUUAAAUAAAACAUCAGUGAUAUAUAUCAGAAGUCUUGAAUUUGAAUUAUUCGUGAGUGAAUCGUAUGUUUGGAGUUGGAUAAUAGAAUUAAAGAUUUGUAGAAUGGGUUACCAA